UCAUGGGGGAUGUCGCGGACAUCUUGGGCGUGGGCGGCGCGGGGCCCGCGACGACGCCCAAGCCCGUGAAGAAGGAAGAGAAGCCGAAGGCCAAGUCCAAGCUUCACCGCGAGCUAUUGCUGCUGCAAGAGUCGAAGGCCAACCAUGGGCUGGGCCUCGGCCUUGGUGGGCGCGCGCACGUCUCGUCGAUGCCCACGACCACAUUGCCGCUUAAGAAGUCGCUCUUGGGCAAGUCGACGCAGCGCGUCAAAUGGCUGCGCCGCGAGUUUCGCAAUAGCGCGCGGACAGACGAUCUCGUCCUGUCGCACUGGGUCAAGGCCGCGCUGCCCGAGGGUCUCGAGUACCCGUUCGCCCGCUUCAACGUCACAUGCCAAGUCACGCCCUGCUGUUCGAGCGACGAGUAUGACAAGGUGCUCAAAGACCACGCGGACCCUGCGAUUCCACAGGCGUGGACGUUCGACGAGACCGUCGCGCUCUGGGAGCUCUGUCAACGCUACGAGCUGCGCUGGGUCGUUAUCACGGACCGGUACAACUUGGGCGCAAAAUACACGGCGCGAACGAUGGAAGACAUCAAGUAUUGGUACUACGAAGUGACGCGAUUGCUAUCCGAGCUGCGGCGGGAGACAUUGUCGCCGCCGGUGGUCGACGAGAUGCCCAAGGCCGAGGCUGAUGUCAUCGAAGCGAGCAGCGAGUCGCCCGAAGCCACUGCCCCCGACGACAGCACGCCGAGCAAAGACGAGGUGGCGGCCGAGACCCGAGACGAAGAAGAGACCAAAGAGGCCGAGCCCGCGACGCCGCCCAAGGAGCCCGAGGCAGCUGCCGUCGUGCUUGCCCCCGUCGUCGUCGAGAAGCCCGUCGCCUACCGUUUCCACAUCGCGUACGAGAAGCAGCGAAAGGCGCAGCUGGAAGUGUCGUUCAACCGCUCGAACGCCGAAGAGUCGGCGAUCAAGAAGCUCCAGGAAGAGCUCAAGGCCAUUGAGGCGCAGCUCAAGAAGGCCGUCGUACGUGUCGACAUGAAGAAGCGCAAGGAGCUGGCGGACGUGCGCCAUCAGAUUGUGCACGCGCCCAUGCCGCCCGGUGUCUACUUUCGCAGUACGACGCAAGCACUGCCGUCCACGACGGCCAAGAUGGGCCUCAGCGGCAAGCUCCUGCGCAAGAUGGCGCUCGUGCUCGAAGAGUUUCACAUCCCGCCGCGACCGAUGCCGACCAAGCAGGUCUGCGCUGCGUACGACAGCGUGCGCCAGGACAUCCUCGGCCUCCUCGCGGUCAAGAAGGCGCUCGCGUUCAAGUCCAACGAGGUGCACGCACUCAGUGCAAAGUACCAAGCGAUCAGCGGCGUGACGCACGUGCCGAGAACGCUGCUGCACUCGGUGCCCCUCGAGGGCAAGGCGGACGGCAGCGACGCGCCCGUCAUCACGACGCUCCUCGCGCCGCCGACGGCCGCGUCCAAGGUCGCGUCCAAGGGCGGCGUGAGUCUCAAGCGCAAGUCGGCGGCGACGGUGCCCAGCUCCAAGCGGCCGUCCAAGAAGCUCGCGUGAGCGUCGUCACGAGGUCCGGCAGAGUGCGUGGGGGAAUCGGAUCUUUUUUUCUUUUUUUACUCCCUCUUUUUUAAAAAGCAUUCUUUUAAGACCGAGAUGGUUCUU